CCAUCCCUACCCCCACCCCAUUCACAGGUCAUCGUUUGCUUUCAUUUGAGUUCACACUGAUCUGUCAAAUAUAUAGGAUUUUCUCCUCUUUAUGUGAGAAAAUCGUUUCAAAUCAGUUAAAUUCCGGCUACUUUACGCUCUCUUUUGUUGUGAUGUAGUUACAAUAGCCAUCAGAGAGCAAAAUGAAGCGGUGCCUCGAAACUGUUGUCCCUUUCCAGGUACUGCUAACCUAACUUUCACCUGUCUGCCUAAAUCAACUUUUGUUCACAGACCUCCAGUCUAUGUUCUGCGAUAGAAUUUCCAUGUAAUUGUUUGUGGUAUUAUUUGCCUCUACGAUGGACUUGCUCUACUCUGUAUCAAGAAAACAGCCAGCAAGUGGCUCGAAAAGCUAUGAUUUGGAGAGCUUAUACGAAGGCUAUGGCAUCUGCAAUGUAUCUAGUCAAAAUGUCAUUGCUUUUGUGACAAAUUUAGAGGUAGAUGAUAUUGCAGGGAAAACAUGGGGCUCUCAUGUGUAUGUGGCUGACCUCAACACCCCUUGGAACGUGCACAAAAUUACCUCAAACAAAGCACUUAUUACAGCCAUUGACUGGGAUAUACCUGGCUCUAAAUUACUUAUUGCUGAUGCUUCAGGAAAUGUGCAGAUCUGGGCUAAUAAAGAUCAUCUCUUGAAUGAAUGGACAUGUUUAGGAACUACUACCUUUCAUGGAGAAAAUAUAGUUGCUGCUGCUUUUUUUCACAAUGGCAAGAAGAUCUGCUUGGUUGCUGAGAGAAAAGAUAACAUGCAUUACUAUGAAAAGUUUAGCCAUCAGCGCUUUGCAGCUUCUGUGCGUCAGUUUGGUGGGAAGCCUGUAGAGGGCUGUAUUGUUAUAACUAGUACUGGUAUGGUGGGUGUGGUUGGUCUCAACAGAGGAGGUCAUGGCGGAGUGACUACUGCAACAGCAAGCCUGGGUUCCAUUAGGCAUCGCAUUACUACUGUCGACAUUUGCUUUGGGAAGAAUGGACACUUUUUGAUUGCUGCAAGUAGUGGUAAUGUUAAUUUACCCAUCUUAUGCUAUCAAGUAGGUGUUACUAAACCUGAUGACAAAUUGGUUGUAACGUCUCAAGCCCUCCCCAGCUUUUUCCCUCAAAGUGGCAAAACUCCUACACCUCAGCGACCAAAUCCUCCUCAAGCUAAGUUUGUAACACACUUGAAGUUUGUGGUUCGUGAAGAUGCUGAUUCAUUAGUUGUAGCCUCAAGCACUGACCAAGGAUCUCAGAUUGAUAUAUGGGAGCUGAGAGAAAAACCUGUUACAAUUCAUGCCAUGUUUCAACAGAAAUUAAAUCUUCCUAUUGAUUCUAAAACUGUGGUUUGGCAGCACCAUUCUCAGUGUCAAAGCACCUCAUCGAUCUCAUGCCUCACUGUAUCAAAGAUAUCAAUUACAACUGCUGUUCCACCACCCUCUUAUGUGCUGGUAGCAUUUGAGGAUGGGAAAAUCAGUUGUUUGUAUAAAGACGGACUAAAGCAGGUUGCCACAGCAUCCAUUAAUAACAUGUCUUGGAGUCAACCAAAGCAGCCAAGGCUUGGUAUUUGUGUCUCUCAUAUGGAUAUAACUUGGUUGGGAAACGUUGCUGUGGCUGUUGACACUCAAGGACAACUGUAUUUGUACCGACUUCUCCCAAUUUCUGAACCUGGUGCUCCAAUGACUGUGCCGUAUGCUUGCACUUUGCUGGAAUAUUGUCUGGUUAGUGGACUGGACUGGUGGGAUCUGCUGGUCAGUUUGCGCACAUCCAUGCUGGAGGCAGUUUGUGACAGAUUUACUGAAAGCUACAAUCGCCAACAGCAAGCGGUACAACAAUUUCACUCUGCACAAUUUCUAAGCAUAAAGGCAUCCUUGUACAGGCUCUCAUUUAAUUGCCAGUCUAAAGCAGCAGAUUUAAAUGCCCUGAUGAUGUUGCAAUCAGUAGCUACAGCUUUCAAAUCUUUGCUGCGGCCUUCUGACCUCUCAAGUCAUGAAAAAGGUCCUGCUGAGAGUCUGGCUGUUGUUUCAGAUUCACAAUAUGAUGAUGUUGAUAAAGUGCUUUUGCUGAUAGAAGCUAAAGAAUUUACAAUGGAGCCAAGCACUCUGCAAUCACUUCAGCAGCUCAUUCAAUGGGUUGCAGAUCUAGCACUAUCGUUAUUGGCUCGUUUGCCUCGUGGAAUUAAACCAUCUGGGUAUGACAUUCUGCGUGAUCACAAGGCAUUGAAUACUCUACGAGAACUCUUGGUCAUCAUUCGCAUUUGGGGACUCCUCCGAAAAACCUGUUUGCCUGUCUUUAUCCAGAAUCAUGAUUCAAUGGAUGUUUUAGCCCAUAUUUUCAAAUUACUUUCGAAGCUGGUUCAAAGUCUUGAACAGCCCGAUGACUCUCUGAUUGAUGAAUGCCUGCAGUUGCCGAGUCAUGUGAUGCUCCCUGCUUUCAGUUCUCUGGCUCCUUGCAGAGUAAUUGCAUCCCCCGCCUUUUUCCAACAGUCAUUUCCACUACAGCUGGAAUAUGGAACAGAGCCUGAUGUACUGCAAUUUUCUCCUGAACUUCUUAACCCUGAAUGUGUCAACAAAUCAGAACAGUUUGUGGACACAACUAGACACAUUUAUCUUGGCAAAAAUCCGAGAGUUCUGAAGCAGUGUACAAGGUGUGGGGUUCAAUCACAACUUCACAGUAGAACUCGAACAGCUGCUAUUAGAGCAUGGGACCAGCGGUGGGUUUGUGGCUGCCGGUGUGGUGGCCAUUGGACGAUCUGUCAACCUGAAUCAUGACGUGUCAUGUUGAAGCAGAGCUCAAUUCCUUUCAGCUGUGAAAAAGGCCUCAGAGCUUGGUUACUCGGGUAGUAAUUACAUUACCUUUAGUCUAUCCAUAGUUUUAGGCCAACUUUUCUUUUUGUUUUAGCAAUGUAAAAUAAAAUAAAAUAUUAAAGAUUAUAAAUUUGAAUUA